AUGGAAGAAUAUGAGAUUUUUCAGCCCAUUAAGGCUCUGAUAUGCGAUUUGAAAAAGCAGCUCGUGGAGAAGGAUGCUCUUUUGAAAAAGGCGAAAGAAGAUAAUGAUUGCAUUCGCAGCUCUCUUAUAUCAGCUUCGAUCGACGCCUCCAAAACUCAUCGAAAGAUCAAAGAACUUCAUACGACUGUAUCAGAAAAAGAUCAAACUAUCAAGGACCGAGACAUCACCAUUGAGAAACUUCAAAAAAUUGUUGCAUGGCAAGAAAAGAGUUGCGAAGAGGGAUAUUGUCUUCAUAAGACCUCGAAUGAAAGCUCCAAGCAGGAAGUCUCUGAUGCUGGCUCCAGAUUGGAACACUGGCAAAAAGGAUAUAUGAUACUACACUCUGGGUACGAGAAUCAAACCAAAGAACUGAAAGCGCUUAAGCAGACCGACGCUCUCAAGAAUAUUUGCGAAGAAAACGAGGCCCUCAAGAGAAACGUCGAUAACAAUGACCGAGUUAUCGCUGAAAAGGAUCGUAUCAUCUCGAACGUAAAUCAAAUCUUGGCAGACAAAGAUAGAACCAUAGCGCAGGUAACUCUACUCCCUUCAAGUGCGCAACCAAAUUCUGGACCAGUUUUUGGUAGUUUGGAAGUCCUCGAGCUUGUAGGCGAAUUAACUCAAGAGAAAAAACUCCAUCACGUAGUCAAGGUGGUGCAGCUGGAUGCCGAGAGAAAGGCAAUUAAUGAGAAUGUCAUUGAACACUUGUCCAGUCAACUUACGUAUAUCUGCGAAAAGGAAAGCAGUGCAAAGUCCGGCCACAAGUUUCUCGAAGAGACAGAAUCGUUCAGAAAGCCAUUAUCCGAGAUAGGCCUUAAGAUUCGAGCUCGCAAGUUGGAGCUUGAUUUCGCAGCCAGAACCGGCUCUACAGCUAGAGAUAAUAUCUUAAAACCCGGAAACUUUGCUGCACAUGGCGCAGAUGCAAUUGCUGAUGCUCAUAUGAUUGGUAAAUUUGACCCCACCGUUGAAGUUGGCAGCGAAAGCGGGAAUGCGACUUUGAAUCGGUGCCCUGGACUCAGGGAGCAAUUCCUGUUGAAUUAUAUUGUCUCUCCUGAGCUUGUACUCAAGUCAUCAAAACCGCAUUCAUCCCAGGAUACAGGAUUCUCUUACCUGGUUUACUUGAUCAACUGGUAUGAGAAUCUCAGGCUGUGGAAUCUUGAGGGUAUCGUAGGUAAUACAUACGGUAUGCUCAGAGAGCGCAUCAAAGAUCUGGUCGAUAGGAUUUCUACUCUAGAAGAGUUUGUGAAUGAUGAUGAUUUUGAGGAGGACGAAGAAGUGAUGAAGGAAUUUGGUGAUCUACAACGUAUAAUGUCCAAGCUAAAAGCUGCACAUAGAAGUUUCCGUGCAAAUCUAAGUCUCUCUCGCAAAAGGUCAAAGCAAAGUUGA